AUGGAUUUGGUGGCUGAUACUCCUCAAACUCCUACUCCUUGGACUGUUAUUGGUGACUUUAAUGCAUGCCUUCAAUCUCAUGAGAAACGUGGCCCAGGAAAUUUCAGUUUGGGGUCGGCAGCAGAAUUUGGAGCCAUGGUUGACGCAUGUCUUCUAUCUCAGGUGCCCUCGAUGGGCAGGAAAUUCACCUGGACAAACAAUCGAUGCCGAGGUAAUGUCUGUGCUGUUCUGGAUAGAGGUUUUUGUAACGAAGAAUGGAUAUCCUUUUUUCAGGACUGUUCUCAACAGGUCCUUCCUCGGUUUGCCUCUGACCAUUCCCCUCUGCUUGUGGUCUCAAGUAGCAGCCAGCGCCCUCCAAAUUGCCCCUUUCGAUUUAAUAAUUUUUGGACGGAUCAUGAGGACUUCGAUAGGGUUGUAGCUGAAUCCUGGGCGGAGUGGGUUCCAGGGUCACCUAUUUUAUCCCUAAUGUCUAAACUCAAGCGGCUCAAAGGGGCGUUAAAAGGUUGGGCGAAACAGACCUUUCCCCAUUUUGAAAGGGAUCUUGACGAGGCAAAGAAAAAUCUCAACCACGUGCAGGAGGAGAUUGACAGUAAUGGGUUGUCGGAUCAACUGUUCCGAAUGGAGGCUGAUGCUAAAACGGCUCUUCUCAAGGUGCAAGAGAACCAUGAAAAGCUUUGGGCAGAAAAGGCGAGACUCAGGUGGUUGACUUAUGGGGACAGAAAUUCUAAGUUUUUCCAUCUAUCUGCUAAAAUGCGAAGAAAUAGAAAUACUAUCCGAUCCCUCAAAAAACAGGAUGGGUCAAUUGUGGAAGGGCAAACUAAUUUGGGUGAGUAUAUUGUGGAAUUCUAUGAGGGAUUUCACAAAAAUGCUCCAACAGUCGAUCAUCUUGAUCUUUUGGACAGCAUUCCGAGGGUUCUCCAACAAGUAGACAUAUUUCAUCUAGACUCUCUUCCUGGUAAUGCAGAGAUCAUGAAGGCGGUCUGGGCGCUUGAUCCUGAAAGCUCGCCUGGCCCAGACGGCUUCUCUGGAAAAUUUUUCAGGAAGUGUUGGAGCAUUGUGGAAGGUGAUGUUUGUAAUGCGGUGUUGGCUAUGCGCUUAGAGAGAUUUCUCCCCAGGCUCAUUUCGGAAGAACAGGGAGCUUUUCAAAAAGGGAAGCUGAUCCAUGACAACAUUAGUGUGGCAUCCGAGUUGGCGAACUUGAUAAAAUUGGAUCACAGGCUGCAUCAAUUAUUGGCUUCAACUAAGAUUUCUGUUCUUAUCAAUGGAGGCCCGCAGGGCUUCUUUGGCGUGGAGCGAGGAUUGAGACAGGGAGACCCUAUAUCCCCCUUGCUUUUUAUCAUGGCGGAAGAGGUUCUCUCUCGAGGCCUGACGAGAUUGACCCACCAAAAAGAUAUUAUGCCCAUUUGUGGCCCUAAAGGCGUUGUAACCCCUGGGCACAUCUUAUUCGCCGAUGAUAUCUUUAUCUUCUCGAAUGCUUCAUCCAGGUAUGUGGCUAACCUUAAAAAUUUUCUUAUGAAAUAUCAGGAGUUCUCUGGUCAACACAUCAGCUUCGAGAAAAGCAAGCUCUUCCUAGGGAAAAUUUCUCCAACUCGUAAGCAAGCCAUCGCUGAGACUUUGGGCAUCCCCAUUUGCAGCUUUCCAACUCGAUACCUUGGUGUUGAGAUAUUCAAGGGAAGAAUCACAAAGGAGGCAUUGCUGCCUGUGUUGGAUAAAGUAAAGGGGCGCCUUGCUGGAUGGAAAGGUAAACUUUUGUCGAUGGCGGGCAGGGUGGAGUUGGUUAGAUCAGUCAUAUCCGGUAUUCCUAAUCAUAAUUUUGCGAUCUAUUGGUGGCCCUCUGCUCUCCUUGUAACCAUGGAAAGAUGGAUGAAAAACUUCAUCUGGGCAGGGGAAGUGGAUACCUCAAAACCAAUUACAGUGAAGUGGGAGUCUGUUUGCAAACCGAAGGAAGAAGGGGGUUUAGGUAUCAGAAGACUCAGAGACACGAACAUGGCAAUGCUGUGUAAAUUGGUAUGGAGAAUAAAGCAUGAGAAAUCUGCUGCCAAUUCCUUUCUUAGAGCCAGAUUUGUGAAAAAAGAUGGGUCAUUUAAUAGAGGUUGUCGGCCGUCGUCUAUUGCUCUGGGCAUCAGAAAGGUGUGGAAGACUGUGGAGGCAAACGAACGUUGGAUUAUUGGGAGAGGCGAUCUAGCAAAUUUCUGGAAAGACAAAUGGUGGGGCCCUAGGUCUAUUCUUGAGGAGAUUCAGACUCCUGACCUCCCUCCCCUCCCUUGCAAUGCUAAGGUUUGUGAUUUCAUCAGGAAUGGAGAAUGGUCACUUCCAGAGGUCCGCUCUCACUCUCUCAGACAAAUUUUCCUUGCAAUUAAAGAGGUGAAGAUUCCCAGUGCCCAAUUUGAGGACUUAUGUAUAUGGCAGCUAUCUCCUCUUGGUUCUUUUACUACAUCGUCAGCGUGGGAGGAUAUUAGAAGAGUUGCUCCGGCAGUGCAUUGGAACUCUUUGGUUUGGCACAAUAACCUCCCUCCAAGAAUUGCUACUUUUGGAUGGCGACUAGCUCAUGAGAGACUCCCAACGGACGAGCUUAUAAGGAAAAAAGGAAUUUUCCUUGUCUCUCGAUGUAGCCUCUGUGAGCAGUACGAAGAAAGUAUGGAGCAUAUUUUCCUUCACUGUCCUUUCUCCAGAGAUAUUUGGGAGAAAUUCACCUCUUGUUUCGCAAUUCGAUGGUCUGAACAUGAGUCAAUUGAUAGCUUAUUUCAGUGGUGGAAGAGGAAAUCAAGAUCGAUCAAUUUAAAAAACUCUUGGAUGAUAGGGUUUACCAUCAUUGCUUCUCAAAUCUGGAAGGAAAGAAAUAUCAGACGGUAUGAAGGAAAAAAGAGGAAUGGGAUCUACUCAUUUCAAUACAUCUGCCAGGAUCUUGCUCUAUAUGCAGGGACUUCUAAGGGUGAAGUGAAAUCGAUUGCUGAUAUUAUGUGUUGCAGAAAACUGGGGCUGAAGAUUGAUUACCCAAAGAUUGUGCCGCCGCUGGAAGUUCAUUGGUCUGAAUUUAGCGCUGUCAUGGAAGCAAUAUUGGUUGCUAUGAAUAUGAACGCAAGGGGCUUGUGGAUCGAGUCUGACUCCGCAGCUGUAGUGGCUGCAACGCAGAAGAUGCAUAUCCCUUGGUUUGUUUUACAAAAAUGGCGGUUUGCUCUCCCAUUCCUUCAGUCCAUUACAUGGAAAAUCACCCACUGCUUCCGUGAGGCGAACACUGUGGCAGAUUUUUUGGCAAAGAAGGCAGCAAAAUCGGGAGCCUCUGACUACUCCACCACUUUUCCCAGUCAUGUAUUAGAUGAUUUAGAAAAUGAUUCCUCGGGUAGGCAUAGUUUUCGCUUCUGCUAG